GAGGUCACACAGAAAGCAAAUGGCAGAGCCAAGACUCAGACUCUGCCUGGGUCCUCAUGACCGCGGGGCAGGCAGGCUAGAACGGUUGCUGGGAGCGCAGGCUUUUUGCCUCAGAGCUGGGUCUCGGCUCUGCCCCGGCCCCGGGGCCUCCAACUGCCUGGCCCGGCCUCAGCGUUCUCAUCUGUAAAAUGGGGGUGUGCCUAACGAGGUGGGUGGUGAGAUGAUGCCUGUCCGCUUGGAGCCCAGCCGGCUCUGUGGCCACAGCCCCCUCCCGCCCGGCAUGACGGCGUGUUGCAUUCUGAUGACCGCCCGCUGCCCCGCGCACCCCGGGCUCACCCCCCGCUGCCUGGCCGUCCCUGCAGACCAUUACUGGGACUUCCACCCGCACCACGUGCACAGCGAGUUCGAGAGCUUCGCCGAGAACCACUUCACGGAGCUGCAGAGCGUGCAGCCCCCCCAGCUGCAGCAGCUCUACCGCCACAUGGAGCUGGAGCAGAUGCACGUGCUCGACACCCCCAUGGCGCCCACCCACGCGGGCAUCGGCCACCAGGUCUCCUACCUACCCCGGAUGUGCCUCCCAUACCCCUCCCUGUCUCCGGCCCAGCCUAGCUCGGAUGAGGAGGAAGGCGAGAGGCAGAGCCCCCCGCUGGAGGUGUCGGACGGGGAGGCUGAUGGCCUGGAGCCGGGGCCUGGCCUCCUGCAUGGGGAAACAGGCAGCAAAAAGAAGAUCCGCCUGUACCAGUUCCUGCUGGACCUGCUCCGCAGCGGGGACAUGAAGGACAGCAUCUGGUGGGUGGACAAGGACAAGGGCACCUUCCAGUUCUCGUCCAAGCACAAGGAGGCACUAGCACACCGCUGGGGCAUCCAGAAGGGAAACCGCAAGAAAAUGACCUACCAGAAGAUGGCCCGCGCCCUGCGCAACUACGGCAAGACGGGUGAGGUGAAGAAGGUCAAGAAGAAGCUCACCUACCAGUUCAGCGGGGAGGUGCUGGGCCGCGGGAGCCUGGCCGAGCGGCGCCACCCACCCCACUGAGCCCAGGCCCGCAGAACCCGCCGGGCCCGCCAGGCCUCCCCGCUGGCCAUAGCAUUAACCCCUCGCCCGGCCCGGACACAGGGAGGCAAGCUCCCAGGGGCCAGGGGCAGGACUGUGGCGGGCCGGGCCUCGCCUCACCCGUCCACCCCCUCCUCCGAGCCCGCUACCCACACCCUCUCCUCGCCUCCCACCAGGACUCCAGCCCCGGCUCCAGAGGGCCACCUGUGCGUCUGACCCCAGGGAGGGGUCGGCCCUGUUUAGUGCGACCCGGGGGUGCUACCUUGAAAGUUCGAAGUCAUCAUAUUUGUGUACAUUGAACCCUUCUUCUUAAGCGUCUCUCCCUUCCCCCACCUCUUCCCCGUUAGCUUCCUCAAGGAACGAAGUUAUUAAAGUUAUUCUCAGUGAGUC